AUGUCUUUAUCAUGUAAUAUUCGACUCAGGCGCAGAUGGUGGUUUAGGUUCGUCUUUCCAGGAAUUGUUUUUGGUUUACUCUGCUACGGUACAUGGGCUUACUGUCAUAAGUUGUGCUAUGACCAAAUCUACAAACAGCUCCAUCACAGAUCUAUCGCUAUUGGUCUCAUUUGCGUGGUAUGUUUUCUAGAUGCUAUUGUGGUUUUCAUAUGGUGCCAAAUGGUGAUCUGGGUCGGUCCAGGUACACAACCCCAUGUAGCGCCCUACUUAAUCCUUCCCACAGUAUCCAAGGAGGGUGCUGACGACGAGGGUUCUCAAGACGUUUCAAUGGAAUACGACGCAGUGAUUCCACCAAGUUGUUACCAGUGUGACCCCCACGGAUAUCCGAUAUGGUGUAGUCCAUGUCAGAGUUUGAAGACGGAACGAACGCACCACUCUUCAGAGCUGGGCCAUUGUGUCCCCCGGUUCGAUCAUUACUGUCUGUGGGUGGGAACUGUUAUUGGUAGGGACAAUUACAGACUUUUCAUCCAAUUUGUUGCUUAUUUUUCGAGUCUAUUACUCCUGAUGUGGUUGCCAAUCUGCGUGUACAUAAGGGACAUUACUCAACGGCAUCGCGGCCAUGGUCCUCCUUUAAACGUGAAUGUCAUCUUAACGUUGGCUUUGGCCAUCUUUGGUUGGCUAAUGAAUACGAGUACGUUGGCCGCGACUGUCUUUUACAUGGGUCAAAACCAAACGUCACUGGAAGCGAUCAUGGAUAGCAAGAGGAAAAAAUUCGGGACAAGAAAGAUAUUCUGCUACUACUCAGUGCCCAACAAGUCACGGUUUGUAGUAGAAUUCGAUAGAAAGGAGUUUCACGCCUUUUGGAGUAAGAAAACAGUGCUUGCCAAUUUGAAAGAUUUCAUGGGUUCGAACAUGCUGAUGUGGAUAAUCCCCCUAGGCAAGCCAUACACGUUUCCUUGUAGAACAGAGCUGUCAGACUCCGGAAAUCAUCUACUUCCAAGUGGUCAGAGAGUCACAUUAGGCGAAAUCCUGGGCCCAUAUGAAGAGCGUUUUAGUGACUACACUAUUCAAGCCAUUGAAGACAAGAUAGCCAAGGGUAACUACUUGACCACUCUACGAGCCUUUGGCGAUGAAAUAGGUCCUAAACGCUAG